AUGGGGUCCCUAUUCCGGAGCGAGACCAUGUGCCUGGCGCAGCUGUUCCUGCAGUCCGGCACGGCCUACGAGUGCCUCAGCGCCUUGGGCGAGAAGGGCCUGGUCCAGUUCCGAGACCUCAACCAGAAUGUAAGUUCCUUCCAAAGAAAAUUCGUCGGUGAGGUGAAGAGGUGUGAAGAACUAGAACGCAUAUUAGCGUAUUUGGUGCAGGAAAUUAAUAGAGCCGACAUUCCCCUUCCUGAGGGAGAGACCAGUCCUCCUGCACCACCUCUGAAACAAGUCCUGGAGAUGCAGGAGCAGCUGCAGAAGCUGGAGGUUGAGCUGAGAGAAGUCACCAAGAACAAGGAGAAGCUGAGGAAAAACUUGCUGGAGCUGAUCGAGUACACUCACAUGCUCAGGGUGACAAAAACCUUCGUUAAACGGAAUGUGGAGUUUGAACCCACUUACGAAGAAUUCCCUCCCUUAGAGAAUGAUUCCUUGUUGGACUACAGCUGUAUGCAGAGGCUGGGAGCAAAACUGGGAUUUAUAUCUGGCCUAAUUAACCAAGGAAAAGUGGAAGCAUUUGAGAAAAUGCUGUGGAGGGUCUGCAAAGGGUACACCAUUGUGACCUAUGCAGAGCUGGAUGAGCCCCUCGAGGACCCUGAAACGGGGGAAGUUAUAAAAUGGUACGUGUUUUUAAUAUCCUUUUGGGGAGAGCAGAUUGGCCACAAAGUUAAGAAGAUAUGUGAUUGUUACCACUGCCACGUUUACCCCUACCCGAACACUGCUGAGGAGCGGAAGGAGAUCCAGGAAGGACUGAACACCCGGAUUCAGGAUCUUUACACUGUGCUUCACAAAACCGAGGACUAUUUAAGGCAAGUGCUGUGUAAAGCCGCCGAAUCCGUCUACAGCCACGUCGUCCAGGUGAAGAAGAUGAAGGCCAUUUACCACAUGCUGAACAUGUGCAGCUUCGACGUGACCAACAAGUGCCUCAUCGCCGAGGUCUGGUGUCCCGAGGCCGACCUGCACGACCUGCGCCGGGCGCUCGAGGACGGCUCGAGAGAGAGCGGUGCUACGAUCCCCUCAUUUAUGAACACGAUCCCAACAAAAGAAACACCCCCAACUCUCAUCCGCACCAACAAGUUCACCGAGGGGUUUCAGAACAUUGUGGACGCCUACGGAGUUGGGAGCUACAGAGAAGUGAACCCAGCUCUCUUCACCAUCAUCACUUUCCCCUUUUUGUUCGCCGUGAUGUUUGGAGACUUUGGACAUGGCUUUGUGAUGUUCUUAUUUGCCCUCUUGCUGGUGUUGAAUGAAAACCAUCCCAGACUAAAGCAGUCACAGGAGAUCACGCGCAUGUUUUUCAACGGCCGCUACAUCCUGCUGCUGAUGGGGCUGUUCUCGGUGUACACGGGCCUCAUCUACAACGACUGCUUCUCCAAGUCGGUCAACCUGUUCGGCUCCGGCUGGAACGUGUCUGCCAUGUACAGCUACAGCCGCGCCCCGGCGGAGCGCAGGAGGAUGGCGCUCUGGAAUGACUCCGUCGUCAGGCGCAGCAGGGUUUUGCAGUUGGACCCGAGUGUUCCCGGAGUGUUCCAAGGCCCUUACCCUCUUGGCAUCGAUCCCAUUUGGAACUUGGCCACAAACCGUCUCACUUUUCUAAACUCUUUCAAAAUGAAAAUGUCUGUGAUUUUAGGAAUUAUUCACAUGACUUUUGGAGUCAUUCUGGGAAUAUUUAACCACUUGCAUUUCCGGAAGAAGUUCAAUAUUUAUUUGGUUUCCGUCCCAGAACUUCUCUUCAUGCUCUGCAUCUUUGGGUACCUCAUCUUCAUGAUCGUCUAUAAGUGGCUGGUGUACUCGGCCGAAACCUCCAGAGCUGCCCCGAGCAUUCUGAUCGAAUUUAUCAACAUGUUUUUAUUCCCGGCUAGUGAAACAAACGGCCUGUAUGCAGGGCAGGAGCACGUGCAGAGACUGCUGCUGGCCGUCACCGCGCUGUCUGUCCCCGUCCUCUUCCUGGGAAAACCGCUCUUCUUGUUGUGGUUGCACAACGGGCGCAGCUGCUUUGGAGUGAGCAGGAGUGGUUACACGCUUAUAAGAAAAGACAGCGAGGAGGAGGUUUCUCUGCUGGGAAGCCAAGACAUAGAAGAAGGAAAUAACCAGAUGGAAGAUGGAUGCAGAGAAAUGACAUGCGAAGAGUUUAAUUUUGGAGAAAUAUUAAUGACCCAAGUGAUUCAUUCCAUCGAGUACUGCCUGGGAUGCAUCUCCAACACCGCUUCCUACCUGAGGCUCUGGGCUCUCAGUUUGGCUCACGCACAGUUGUCUGACGUCCUGUGGACCAUGCUGGUGCGCGUGGGCCUCCGAGUGGACACCACGUACGGAGUCCUGCUGCUGCUUCCGGUUAUCGCGCUCUUUGCAGUUUUGACAAUUUUCAUCCUUUUGAUCAUGGAAGGCCUUUCUGCAUUUCUUCACGCCAUACGCCUCCACUGGGUAGAAUUUCAGAACAAGUUCUACGUUGGUGCAGGCACCAAAUUCGUUCCUUUCUCAUUCAGACUGCUUUCAUCGAAAUUCAGUGAUGACGUGGCAUGAUCGCGUUGCCGUACCUAACAAGCUGUCAGAUUUAUGGAGAAUUAUCAUGUUAUAGAAUUUCACUUCCGUCAGAUUUACGAUAGGAAAAAUUCCGUCUUCAUUGAUUGCCUUAUGAUAUAGCCAAAUAAUUCUGUAAGAUAUACCUCUUCCUCUGUUAAAUAUUUUGUAAAGUUUAUCAACUUCAGAUCUCUAAAUUUCUUUCAGUUUUUACAAUGAGCAAAUAUAAGUCAAGGCCCAAAGUUACGUUUAAGUUAUUUUUAAAAAUACAGGCUUGGGGGAGAGAAGCAGUUUUGAACGGCUCAUUGAAAAUGGUCUUAGAUACUCAAUUCCUUUUCACCCUAUUAAAAAAAAAAAAAAGUCAUUCUGUUGCUUGACGUUGUCAGAUAAUAUUUUCCAACAGCUGAGGUUAAGUAUAGUUUUUUAAAAAAUUUAAUGACGGAUAAUCAAAAGAUUCACGUUCUGCCUGAUUAUAAGUAUGUAAACAUUUUUUUACUGUAUGCUGUCUAGGCCUGCAAGUAGGGGACUGUUUCUACAAUUUUGUCUUGUUUUAAUAAUUGGGGAAAAUGGGAUAAAAUAACGAACAACAGAUGGUUAUCCAACUUGUAUAUUUUUAAAAAUAUUCUAAUCCUGUUAUCCUUAUGUAAAGCCAAUUAUGAUAAUUGUAUGUUUGAAAGAUAAAACUGUAUCCUGAGCCUUAAAACCAGCGUGACUGUAGAAGAUACAAUGUGGAUGUGAUUUGAACUUAGAGACCAGCUUAGCUGAUGUUACUGAUGUUACUGAACCAAAAGGGGUUUAUAUUGAGUGAAGGGAAGAGCAAAAAGUAGUGUUUUGUAUAUUUUUAUAACAAAAUAUAAAUUAUUUUACCAUGAAGAGAUUGCACCUCUCCUUGAGAACAGUAUGAUUAUAAUUUUUUACUUUCAGACUAAUUCUAAAUAAAGGUCUGAUAAAGGAAUUUAGAGUUAAUUUAAACUUUCAAACACUGUUGGGAUCAAUUGAAAAUUAAUUCUUAUUAUCUGUAGUUUAAAUUCAUCUGUUCACGUGACAUUCAGUUUUGAAUGAAUGUGGGUCAGUCCUACUGAACAUUUUAACCUGU